AUAGUAUCAAGGGAAUCAAGUCGCGUGGGUGUGGUUUAUUUGCAUGGCCAGCCAAUCGUGUCAUUGAAUAUGGACGGGAAGGAGCGUCUCUGUCUGGCUCAGAUAUCAAACACGUUGUUGAAAAACUUCAGCUACAACGAAAUACACAACAGGUUACGUGUGGCCCUUGGUAUAACAUGUGUACAGUGCACUCCAGUGCAACUGGAGGUACUGAGGAAAGCCGGAGCCAUGCCAUCGUCUUCCAGACGAUGUGGAAUGAUAACGAAACGAGAGGCUGAACGUCUGGUGCACUCCUUUCUUGAUGACGUCAUCCCACCGAAACUUCCGGAUGACUUCACGUUCAGGGUGCAACACGAUUGUGGCUGGGGUUGCCGUGGGGCCUUUGUUCCUUCCAGGUACAACAGCUCCAGAGCCAAGUGCAUCAAGUGUUUGAUCUGCGAUGUUUACUUCUCACCUAACAAGUUCAUCUUUCAUUUCCACAAGUCCAUCAAUUCUAAGUACAACCAUCCUGACGCUGCCAACUUCAACUCGUGGAGGAGGCACAUGAAACUGAUCGAUGAGAAGAAGCAGGGCGAAAUCGUGUUGAAUGCUUGGGAGGACGUCAAGGCCAUGUUCAAUGGAGGAAAUAGAAGACGACUU